CUAAUAAACUGAUCAAAAAAGCAAAAACAACUUUUUCUAAAUGUAAGCAAAAUGAAAAUACAAGUUCCAGUAAGAAAAAACUUAAAAAAACUAUUACAAUUGAAUCUAAUAUUGAAGAUAAUCAAAAUGAAGAUAAUCAAAAUGAAGAUAAUCAAGAUCAAAGAAAUACUGAAUUUCAAGAAAAAGUCAUGGUUUUAAAAGAGC